AUGGGUUGCGCAACAAGUCAAGACGAAAAACGACAAAAAGAAUAUAGCAAAGCACUUGAUCGUUUGAUAAAAGAAGAUGCUGAACGUGCAGCUAAAGAUGUUAAACUUUUAUUACUCGGUGCUGGUGAAUCGGGUAAAUCAACAAUUGUUAAACAAAUGCGUAUUAUUCAUCAGCAUGGUUAUACUAAAGAAGAAUUUGAACAAUAUCGUCCAGUUGUUUAUUCAAAUACAAUUCAAUCAUUAGGAGCUAUUAUACGAGCUAUGAAUAUGCUUAAUAUACAAUUUGCAUCCGUUGAACGUGAAGCUGAUGCUCAACGUGUACUUGAAGUUAUACAACGUAUGAAAGAUACAGAACCAUUCAAUAGUGAAUUACUAUCAUCAAUGGAACGUUUAUGGGCUGAUGCUGGUGUUCAACAAUGUUUUUUACGUAGUAAUGAAUAUCAAUUAAAUGAUUCGGCACAAUAUUUUCUUGAUCAAUUAUAUCGAAUUGGUUCACCAGAUUUUUUACCUAAUGAACAAGAUAUAUUACGAACACGUGUUAAAACAACUGGAAUUGUUGAAAUUAAUUUUUCAUUUAAAAAUUUAAAUUUUCGAUUAUUUGAUGUUGGUGGACAAAGAUCAGAAAGAAAAAAAUGGAUUCAUUGUUUCGAAGAUGUGACCGCUAUUAUUUUUUGUGUGGCACUUUCUGAAUAUGAUCAAGUACUUUAUGAAGAUGAAUCAACUAAUCGUAUGCAUGAAUCGUUACGUUUAUUCGAUAGUAUUUGUAAUAAUAAAUGGUUUGUUUAUACGGGUAUAAUAUUAUUUUUAAAUAAAAAGGAUUUAUUCGAAGAAAAAAUCAAACGUUCACCAUUAACACUCUGUUUUCGUGAAUAUACAGGACCAAAUGAAUAUGAUCCAGCUGCUGAGUAUAUUCAAGCACAAUUUGUUGCUAAAAAUAAAUCAACACAAAAAGAAGUUUAUUGCCAUCAUACAUGUGCAACAGAUACACAAAAUGUGCAGUUUGUGUUUGAUGCCGUUACUGAUGUUAUAAUUACAUUAAAUCUUCGUGGUUGUGGGUUAUAUUAA